UACGACUCAUCAGCAAGUUACCGAACCUGCUAGAAGAUGAUUCACAGUAUUUCUAUUUUAAUCCCUUUUUUUGAUGCGUUGGCAGUGUUUAGACAGGCAGCUAAUUCUGACCUUUUUUUUCACUAAUUUGUCUUUUGACUAAUCAGAUCACCUCUGAAAACAUGUGAAAAGAUCUGUGAUCGGUCAAAAGACCAAGAGCUGUUUCUGACUCUUUUUUUUUUCUGCAUGGUGUUGAACAUCUCCCUCACACAUACUGUGUGUCUGCCGGUCGGUAUGACCGUCCCUGCUAUCAGGAACUGAAUCAUUUAAGCUAUUGAGACUGGACCCUGAGGAACUCCAUCCCCCUCCCCUCUCUCUUGUGCUUUCUCUCCCUUUGACUUCCAAAGCACCCCUCUUUUCAUCUACCUCUUUUUAAUGGCCAACCCCCACCUUUAUCUCUCCCUCUUUCUGGUGUGCCAGACCGACAGCGAUUGGUUGACGGGGGACAUUAGUAAAUCAUAGAACCUGACUGGAUUGGUUGCUGAGCGAGCAGCCGGUUAAGUGUGCAUCGGUCUGUCCCUUUUUUUCCAUGCACCUCUCACUCUUUCUCCACCUCUUCUUCUUCGCACUUGUGGGAUGGUCUUUGGGAGAUACAUGGCUAUCUGGAGAUGCAUAGAUUCUGAAACGCACUGUGGAAGCUUAAAACCUAGGAUGCCCCAGUAAGAACAGAAGUUACCCUUCCUGCGGUGAUUCUUCCCAGUUAUGGAGAAGGGGGAAGGAGAGCAUGUGCUGCAGACGGGGAACGAUGAUGAGGCGGUGGUGGACCUGGGGAAGACUAGCUCCUCCAUUCACACCAACUUUGAGAAAGAGGAGCUAGAGAGUCAUAGAGCGGUCUAUGUGGGUGUCCAUGUUCCUCUGGGCAGAGAGACCAAACGGAGGCACCACCGCAGCCACCGCGGCCACAGACACCACCGCAAGAGGAGAGACCGCUCGGACCAUGAAGAUGGACGAGAGUCUCCUUCUUAUGACACCCCGUCCCAGCGUGUCCAGUUCAUCCUGGGGACAGAGGAUGAUGAUGAAGAGCACAUGCCCCACGACCUGUUCACUGAGCUGGACGAACUGUUCUUCCGGGACGGACACGUCUACGAGUGGAGGGAGACAGCCAGGUGGUUAAAGUUUGAGGAAGACGUGGAGGAUGGAGGGGAGCGUUGGAGUAAGCCCUACGUAGCCACGCUGUCUCUCCACAGCCUCUUUGAGCUCCGCAGCUGCAUCCUCAACGGCACUGUCAUGUUGGACAUGAGAGCUAACACCAUUGAGGAGAUCGCAGACAUGGUGAUAGACAGCAUGGUGGCGUCAGCUCAGCUGGAGGAGGAGUUGAGGCAGAAGGUAAGGGAGGCCAUGUUGAAGAGACACCACCACCAGAACGAGAAGAAGCUCAGCAACCGCAUCCCUCUGGUGCGCUCCUUCGCUGACAUCGGCAAGAAACAAUCUGACACACACCUGCUUGAGAGAAACGGCCUCCUGGCAUCCCCCCAGUCAGCUCCUGGGAACCUGGAGAACAGUAAACCGAGUGAGGGCCGCAUCAACGGAGGAAGCAGAGAGAACAGCACUGUGGACUUCAGCAAGGUGGACAUGAACUUCAUGAAGAAGAUCCCUCCUGGGGCGGAGGCGUCCAACGUGCUGGUGGGAGAGGUGGAAUUCCUGGAGCGACCAAUCAUAGCAUUCAUCAGGCUGUCCCCCGCCGUGCUGCUCACUGGUCUCACUGAGGUGCCCGUACCCACCAGGUUCCUGUUCCUGCUGCUGGGUCCGUUUGGAAAGGGUCCUCAGUACCACGAGAUCGGCCGCUCCAUCGCCACGCUGAUGACAGACGAGGUCUUCCAUGAUGUAGCGUACAAGGCCAAAGACCGGAACGAUCUGCUGUCGGGGAUAGAUGAGUUUCUGGACCAGGUGACCGUCCUACCCCCAGGAGAGUGGGACCCUACGAUACGAAUCGAGCCCCCCAAGAGUGUCCCAUCUCAGGACAAGAGGAAGAUGCCCUCAUUGCCCAACGGCUCUGCCCAUAAUGAGUCCUUCAAGGAAGACCAGCACCAAGCAGGACCAGAGCUACAGAGGACAGGGAGGAUCUUUGGGGGCCUGGUGAUGGAUGUAAGGAGGAAAGCUCCGUUCCUGUGGAGCGAUAUUAGGGAUGCUCUGAGCCUGCAGUGCCUGGCCUCUGUGCUGUUCCUCUACUGCGCCUGCAUGUCCCCUGUCAUCACUUUCGGAGGCCUGCUGGGCGAGGCCACCAAGGGAAACAUCAGUGCGAUCGAGUCGUUGUUCGGGGCGUCUCUGACGGGCGUGGCCUUCUCCAUGUUUGCGGGCCAGCCACUCACCAUCCUGGGCAGCACCGGACCAGUCCUGGUCUUUGAGAAGAUCCUCUUCAAGUUCUGCAGUGACUACAACCUGUCCUACCUGUCCUUGAGGACCAGCAUCGGCCUGUGGACAGCCUUCCUGUGCCUCGUCCUGGUUGCCACGGACGCCAGCUCCCUGGUCUGUUACAUCACCCGCUUCACGGAGGAAGCCUUCGCAGCGCUCAUCUGCAUCAUCUUCAUCUACGAGGCCCUGGAGAAGCUGGUUCACCUGGGGGAUCUCUACCCCAUCAAUAUGAACAACAAGCUGGACAACCUCACCUUCUACAUAUGUCAAUGUUCUCCGCCGGUUAACGCCACGCCUGAGAUCCAGCAGGUCUGGAACCACAGCGGGGUCGCACCAGAAUCCAUAUCUUGGACCCAACUGGAUGUCAAUGAGUGUUCUAGGCUGCGUGGGGAGUUUAUUGGGCCAGCUUGCGGCCACCAUGGUCCCUACAUCCCUGACGUCCUCUUCUGGUCCGUCAUCCUCUUCUUCACUACCUUCUUCCUCUCCUCCUUCCUCAAGCAGUUCAAGACCAAGCUCUACUUUCCCACCAAGGUACGGUCGACCAUCAGUGACUUCGCGGUCUUCCUGACCAUCAUGAUCAUGGUCCUGGUGGACUACCUGGUGGGCAUUCCCUCCCCCAAACUGAAUGUGCCUGACCGCUUUCAGCCCACGUCUGAGAACCGUGGCUGGCUGAUCUCCCCGCUGGGGACCAACCCCUGGUGGACCAUGCUGGCUGCAGCCAUCCCUGCCCUGCUCUGCACCAUCCUCAUCUUCAUGGACCAGCAGAUCACCGCCGUCAUCAUCAACAGGAAGGAGCACAAACUCAAGAAAGGCUGUGGCUACCACCUGGAUCUUCUGGUGGUGUCUGUGAUGCUGGGGGUGUGCUCCAUCAUGGGCCUGCCCUGGUUUGUAGCGGCCACCGUGCUCUCCAUCUCCCACGUCAACAGUCUGAAGCUGGAGUCAGAGUGCUCGGCCCCUGGGGAACAGCCCAAGUUCCUGGGGAUCAGAGAGCAGAGGGUCACCAGCUUCAUGAUCUUCAUCCUCAUGGGCUGCUCUGUCUUCAUGACCUCUGUGCUCAAGUUCAUCCCUAUGCCAGUCCUCUACGGGGUGUUUCUCUACAUGGGUGUGUCCUCACUCAAAGGCAUCCAGUUCUUUGACCGUAUCAAGCUGUUCUGCAUGCCAGCUAAGCACCAGCCGGACCUGAUCUACCUGCGCUACGUUCCCCUGUGGAAGGUCCAUGUGUUUACCCUGGUGCAGCUCACCUGCCUGGUGCUGCUGUGGGUCAUCAAGGCGUCUGCCGCCGCCGUAGUCUUCCCCAUGAUGGUGUUGGCCCUGGUGUUUAUACGGAAGCUGCUGGACCUAUGUUUCACCAACAGGGAGCUGAGCUGGUUGGACGACCUGAUGCCUGAGAGCAAGAAGAAGAAGGAGGACGACAAGAAGAAGAAAGCCAAGGAGGAGGCCCAGCGCCUGUUGGAAGUGGAAGAGGGCAUAGCACACCCCUGCGACGGGCCGGGCAUCCUCAAGACCCUCAAAGUCAGUUUGGACCCCUCUAUGGUAAACAUUUCUGAUGAAAUGGCCAAAACUGCCAAUUGGAAGUCUGUCUCCAUGAACUCUGACAGUGCCAAAGCUCUGAAGCAUAGUGGCAGCCAGGCGAAGGUGUCCUGUGUGAAGAUAAACUUGGAGAAUGACCAGGGGGAGAAGUAUGGGGAUGCUGAGACCUCCUUAUGAAGGAGGGACGGGAGGAGCAGGGAGGGUGCCACUUCAGCCUCUAGCCCACCAGGUGGCGUUGUCCUCCUGUCCUCCCACACAGCAGGGGGCAGUGUCCUUCAUGGCCCUGUCUGUUGCCCUAACAGCUGCUACCAUACCAAUGCCAAGGGGGCUCACAAAGACACAACCACUUCUACUUAGCCAUGUUUCUUUAGUUCUUAUUGUGAAAUUAGUCCGAGGGAAAUUUGUCUUUUAAUUUUAUCAUCGUUUUAAGGUGAAAAAACAUUAACUUUAGAUUCAGGUGUGCCUUUUUUAAGGAACCACUUGGUCUUCUUGGAAUGACUUUCAUUGGUCUUUUUACCAACAUAUCCAUAGUCUCUGUGAUAUGGUGUACAGUCUGUCCUCGUAACACUUACUUCGAGGGCAAUGCAUUAUGAAUGCAUGUAGUGGCCUCUAUCGCCCUUAGUGCAUUAUAUUAGAAGAGUUGCUGUAAGCAUUUCAAACUUGUCAAGACUGUCCCCAGGUGGUUUAUAGGAAGCAGUAGGCCUAACAGCAGUCUAAGCACCCUGGGUGGCUUGACCACAACGACAGCUACUACUCACAGCACUCUAUCUGGCUCAGUCUGAACAAUAGACACUUUCUGUUUGAGAAAGCAGGUGAUGCUCAACAAAAGGUCCAAAUACAUUUGGAGCACAUAUUAGAUUUAAUAGUGUGUGUGUGUGUGUGUGUGUGUGCACAUGAGUGUGUUUGUACAAGUGUAAGAAACUUAAGAGCAGCUUAAGAUGUCUUUUCACAAUAUCAGUCAUGUGUACGAUGUGCUGUUGAUUCAGAUGAUCAGUCACAGUAGGUUGAAAGGCUGAGUAUGUUCUGUCAAAGUGAACAUGACAGACCACAGCAUAGCCCGUAGUUUGCAGAAUAUUUCUUGAAUUAAUUGGCAAACAUCUCUUACUAAUCUUAAACAAUCCCAAAUUGGAAACGGUCUAUAAUAAGAUGUUUCAAAAACAAAAUGUUCUCACAUUUCUCGAUUGAGCGGUCUUGUUAUUUUGGAGUAAUGGUGAGGGUAUUGCCUGCAGUGUCCAUACAUACAUAAUGGUGAGGGUAUUGCCUGCAGUGUCCAUACAUACAUAAUGGUGAGGGUAUUGCCUGCAGUGUCCAUACAUGCAUAAUGGUGAGGGUAUUGCCUGCAGUGUCCAUACAUACAUAAUGGUGAGGGUAUUGCCUGCAGUGUCCAUACAUACAUAAUGGUGAGGGUAUUGCCUGCAGUGUCCAUACAUACAUAAUGGUGAGGGUAUUGCCUGCAGUGUCCAUACAUACAUAAUGGUGGACUUGAAAGGAAGAAAAUAUGUAUAGAGUAAGUCUAUGGAGGUUUCUAAAACUGAUGCCUUCUUUAGGGCAGGUUUAAAGCUGUUCAAUAGUGUUACUGUACAUGGCUGUGGUAGCCUGGGUUUAAUCUAGUGUAGUGCACCUGCACGAAGGAAGUCUUACCAGAGCUGUAGCCUCCCCUUGGUUAUGAUGACGAGGGGAAACCCACUUUUAUCCAUUUAAAAGGUUUACAUCCAAUGGAAUAUUUUCUGUUAUGGGGUAUAUAUUUUAGAUUGUCUAUAUAUAUUUUUUUUAUCAUUAUUAUCUAUAUCAUUACAAAAUGUAAUGCAUUUAAUUUAUUUUGAGUGUGUCAACAUUGCAGAGUUGGGGGGGAGGGGGGCAGGAGGAGGGAGCAGUGUCGUUGUUUGUGGCUGGCCGGUAAUUAAUGUUCUUUAUUUCCUGUCUUUAUAUCUGUGCACUUUAGAUACGCCUGCCGCACAAUGAGAGGGUUGGGCAGGCUAUAUGUACCUUUUUAUAUACAUGUAUCUAUUUAGAUCAGUCUCAGGAACCAAUGGGCUCAAUGAGGCCCUUGUCUCUCACCGUCUCUGUCAGUCUUUCUUUUUCUCCCCGUCACUCUCUUUCUGUGUCUUUUGUCUCUCUCUCGGCCUCUACCUCUCUGUGUUGUCUCUCUCUCUCUGUGUUGUCUCUCUCCCUCUCUU